CACCUCUUCCCAUUCAAACCAGUUAUAUUAGCGUACGGAUUAAGCUUCAUAAAUAUCCAAAUAUGGCUCAAAAUUCCGAAAACAAGUCCAUGACAAUGUUCGCUCCGAUUGCGGAAAUCAACCGCGAUAAGAAUUCUUGGAUUCUCAUGUUGAGGGCUAUUCGGGUUUACUUCGUUCCUAAAUGGGCGAAAGGUGGAGAUUCCAUGGAGAUCGUCUUUCACGAUGAGCAUGGAACGAGGAUUCACGCACAUCUUGCUCGAGAGGAAAAAGAGAAGUUUGAAACGCAAAUCAUUGAAGCUGCAUUCUUCUUUGUGAUGCUCUUAUUCAUCGCCACUACUGUACCUGCGCAGGGGCGGAAGACGUGCAAGCCGCUUGGCGUGCCGGGGGCAUGCACUGGUAGGGGAGAUGAUAAAGAACAAUGCAAUCGGGGUUGCAUCCUUGAUGGUUUUCCGGCGGGCGGCCAAUGCAGUUCCCCACACGGUAGUUGCGAGUGCUUCUGCUGAUCAUCGAUAUAUGUUAAUUAAAUAAAGUCAGAUCAGACUUGAUAAUAAAUAAUGUUUUCUGGGUUUUCUAUGAUUCUUUCCCAGAUCAUAACAAUAAUGUUGUCGAAUCGAAUAGAGUUUCUAGAUUGCU